CGGCGUGUGGCGGUGCAGAGCGGCCGGUGGGCGGAGCUGCUUCGCUCCAGCCCCCCCAAGUAAACAGUCGCUAACAUGGCGGCUCGGAGGCCUCGCUCCGCCUCGGAGCCCGACUGUGAUGAUGAUUCUUAUGAAGUAUUGGAUUUAACAGAAUAUGCAAGGCGUCACCAUUGGUGGAAUCGUGUGUUUGGCCGAAAUUCUGGACCAAUUGUAGAAAAGUAUUCUGUAGCCACUCAGAUUGUAAUGGGCGGAGUGACUGGCUGGUGUGCAGGAUUUUUGUUCCAGAAAGUUGGAAAACUUGCAGCAACUGCAGUAGGUGGUGGAUUUCUUCUACUUCAGAUUGCCAGUCAUAGUGGGUAUGUGCAGGUUGACUGGAAGAGAGUUGAAAAAGAUGUAAACAAAGCAAAAAGACAGAUAAAAAAACGUGCGAACAGGGCAGCACCUGAAAUCAACACCCUCAUUGAAGAGUCAACAGAAUUUAUCAAACAGAAUAUAGUAGUAUCCAGUGGAUUUGUUGGAGGCUUUUUGUUAGGACUUGCAUCUUAAGGACCUGAAUUUUGUCUUCCUGAUGGCAUCAACCACAACAAAGAACAGUAGUAGUGAUCAGUGCACUGUCUUAAAGCAAAGCAGUGUGGGUCACUGAUCACUCCAGAGCAAGGAGAAUGGACUAGCCAGACAAAUUGGAAGCUUUUAUGUUUUAGGCUUUUGCCUUCUGACGCUUGGCAUAAGAUUUGCUGAAAAACUGCAGUGUGCUCAUAAUAGCAUUUCUGGACAAAACUGGUUAAUUUUCAUCAUGACUUUUUUAUUCUGUGACCAUUC